AUGAUUAGUUAUAAUUUUAUAUCUAAAGAAAAUGAAAAUAAUUUAAUAAAAUAUUAAUAUAAGGGAAGAGAUAAUUCUAUUUUAUAUAAUUACGUAUUUGGACCUAUAGCUGAAUCUUUCCAAACACAGUAUAAAUAAAAUGAUUAAAUAAAUAUAUUUAAUAUAAAUAUAAUAAUAUUAAAGUUAACUCUCUGUGGAUAUUUAUGCGUAAUUAUUCCUCAUUUAGUAUUAUGGUAUAUGUUUCCAAAUGAAUUAAGUGGAAAUAUACCUCGUUCAUUAUGUGCAUUUAUUGGGAUAAUGCAUUUAAUUUAUAUGAAUUUUGAUAAUGUAGAUGGAAAAUAAGCAAGAAAAACUGGAAAUUCAUCUCCUUUAGGAUUAUUAUUUGAUCAUGGAUGUGAUGCAUUAGUAGUAAGUGUCUAAGGAAUUUCUUUAGCUGCAUGUAUGGGUUUCGGAAACACUUAUAAUUCCUAUUUAGUUUAUGCUUCAGGGGCGAUACCUUUUUUUAUAACAACAAUUGAUGAAUAUUAUAAUGAUUUUAUGUAUUUGCCUUGGAUUAAUGGAGCAUCUGAAGGUUGUUUAGCUGUUGGUUUGUUUAUAUUAUUUUCUGCUGCUUUUGGACCUUAAUGGUGGGGUGAAGAAAUUGUAUUUGGAUAGACUAAAAGAUAAGUGACUUUAUAUUUCUUCUUAUUUGCAGGAAUAGUUACUUCAUUAAAUAUAUUUAAAAAAAAAUAUGUACUCGAAAUUUGA